AUUCAUUGUCUACACGAUCCGGCCACGAGCCACUUAUCAACAUGAAGAAUAUCUUUGUUGCUACCUUGGGCCUCUUCGCUGCAGUUUCGUCUGCCUUGCCCUACACCACUGCUGUCAAUGACAACCCCAUCUCUGCUCUACAGGCGCGCGCGACGACAUGCUCGGCCAAGGCCACGGAUAACCUCAUCUUCAAGGUCUCCAUGAAGACCUUCCAGAAGGCGCGCAAGGCCAAGAACCCCUCCAAGUGCAACUGGUCAUCGGACAACUGCUCCAAGUCGCCCGAUAAGCCAGACGGAUACAACUUCAUCCCCAGCUGUCAAAGACACGAUUUCGGCUACCGGAACACCAAGAAGCAGAAGCGCUUUACUAAGGCCAUGAAGAAGCGCAUUGACGACAACUUCAAGAAGGAUCUCUACAAGUACUGCAGCCAAUUUUCCGGCUGGAGCUCAUGGAAGGGCGUCGAGUGCCGUCGUCUCGCAGAUAUCUACCAUACUGCUGUCCGUCACCUUGGAAAGCGUGAUGAAGAGCUUGAGUUCGACCCUGAGAUUGAGUUCGAGAAGCGUGAUGAGGUGGCCGAUGUCCAGCCUGACGAAUUCGAUAACUUUGACGGUUCCGAGGUUGACCCUGAUAUUGAGGGCCAGGUUAUCCCCGAAGUUUCCGAAGAUGAUGGAGUGGAUGUGGAAAACCUUGACGAGAUUGAAAACCUAUAGGGGCUCGGCAUUUGUUCGACACUUUGUACAUAGGCUACUUUGGAUUACACCGGAAGCCAAUGGAGGAGGGAAACCAAACGCAUGUUUUUGCCUGUUUGUAACUUUGAGUUCCUACGCUGCGACCCGUU